UUUUUUUUUCGUAACUAUCAGUAUUUAAAUUUUAGAUUUGCUUCGUUUUAUUAAAUAAAAAAAUAAUAAUUGCUUUAACUUUUAAAACGUCUAACUAGAUCUUGAUGAUAUUGUACAUUUAAAUACGCCUAACUUCUUAUUUAAUACGCCUACAAGGCAUUUUAACACUGUAGCAGAGCAAAUUAUAAUUCGUGUCUCUAACAUCCAUGAUUCAUUCAGAGGUUAAUCCCAUUGGAUAGUGCAUGGGAGACCGAGUCAGGUGAUUUUCAAGGAAGCCGGAGAUUCAUUCAGUCAUUCUCCACAGAGAGGGGAGCCCGCCCAACCCGGAUGCACAGAUCGCUUGUGGAGCGGUCAGUAGUGGGGUUCAGCUCGCAGGAUUGGGGGGCAUUUCAGCACCAGACAGGACGGACAGCUCCCGCGGCGCUCACCUUUGUUUCCCCGCCGCUCCUGAGACCUGCGCUCGCUGCUUCUGGCGCAGAGCACCGCGACACGCUCGCACGAACGCAGAGGGGCUUGGUGGAACAGACUGUAUGCCGGAUUUGACGCUUCUAAGGAGGUCAUUUGCAUGCCGAAUCUCGCCGGGUGUAGCAGCUCUACGUCGGGACUGACAAACGAUGGCGGAGUGUGGAAGGAGGGGACUGUCGCUCCUCGAGGAAGCACGUUCUCGCUACGAGAGCCUGCAGAUUUCCGAUGAUGUAUUCGGAGAGUCGGGAGACGACAGCAGCGAAAACCCCUUUUACAGUACGACGGGAGACUCCAAUUCGGAUAACUACCCGGAGACGAAUCCGGACGAUGCCAGAGCAGGUGAAACGAGGAGUCAGAGCUGCGGUCCCCCCGGGUCCGUCUCCAACGGCCAGGCGCAGGAGGAGGGAUGGAGCGACUCGCUACAGGACCUCAGCGUGCCCCACUACCAGGACACGCAUGGUCCGACACAGAAAAUGUCGGCCACUGCCACGGCCAUGGACUUCUUCCAGCUGUUUGUCCCUGACAACGUCAUUCAGAACAUGGUGACCCAGACCAACAUGUACGCCAAGAAGUACCAGGAACGCUUUGGCAGCGAUGAAGGAUGGACCAAUGUGACGCUGGCUGAGAUGAAGGCCUUUCUGGGCUACGUUACGUCUACUGGCGUGAACCGCUGCGAGUCGGUGCUGAGCAUCUGGAGCAGUGGAUUCUUCAGUAACCGCAGCAUCGCGCUCAAGAUGAGCCAGGCGCGGUUCGAGAAGAUCCUCAAGUACUUCCACGUCGUAGCCUUCCGCUCCAGCCAAGGUGGCAGUCAGGGCCUCUAUAAGAUCCAACCCUUCCUGGACUCUCUCCAGCAGAGCUUCGCCUCGUCCUUCAGGCCCUCACAGACACAGGUCCUCCAUGAGCCCUUGAUUGAUGAGGACCCUGUGUUCAUUACCACGUGUACAGAGAGGGAGCUGCGCAAGAGGAAGAAGAGAAAGUUCAGCCUGUGGGUCCGACAGUGCAGCUCCACUGGUUUCAUCUGUCAGAUCUAUGUCCAUCUAAAGGAGGGUCCAGGUCCAGAUGGUUUGGACACGCUGAAAAACAAACCACAGCUUCACAGUCUGGUGGCCAAGCAGCUCUGUCAGAAUCUGGCUGGCCGCAAUGCAAUCAUCUUCACUGGCCCAAGCAUCACAAGUCUAAACUUGUUUCAGGAAUUUGAGAAACAGGGCAUCUACUGCUGCGGUUUGCUGAGCACCAGGAAGAGCGACUGUACAGGUCUUCCUCAGUCUAUGCUGAUCAAUACCGAGGCUCCACAGCAACGUGGCCAGUCUCACAUUAAGAUGAGAGGCAAUAUGUCCAUAAUCAACUGGUACAACAAAGGCAACUUCAGGUUCCUCACUAACGCCUUCUCUCCCACUAAAGAAGGGGUGAUCAUUAAAAGGAAGAGCGGAGAAAUCCCAUGUCCCCUUGCUGUGGAGGCCUUCGCUGCACACCUGAGUUACAUCUGCAAAUAUGAUGACAAGUACAGCAAGUACUUCAUUUUCCACAAGCCUAAUAAGACCUGGCAGCAGGUGUUUUGGCUGACCAUCAGCAUCGCCAUCAACAAUGCCUAUAUUCUUUACAAGAUGUCAGACGCCUACCACGUCAAACGCUACAGCCGGGCGCAGUUCGGCGAGAGGCUGGUCAAGGAGCUCCUGGACAUGGACGACUGCUCACCCACUCAGUGAAAGGAACCGCAUGCUGUCUCAAACCCACCCAUGACAACCCACUCAUACUAACAUACUCAAACACACUCGCAUUCUGCACUUCAGGGUCAUUUUGAACGAACAAACCUAUACGUAACACUAAAUGUGCCAAGUUUGGUUAAAAAAGGGAUGCUUUCCAUCUAAACUCACAUUUAAGACCCCAUUUGGCCAUUUGAUACUACAAGACUGAUGUACAUACGUCACCGUAACACUUGCUGCAUGAGAUACACGAAAACGUGCCCUUUGUAGAUGUGCAAUGAUUUUUAUCAAUAGAGUUCCAGUAAUAGUGUCGACGUAGUUUUGAACCCUGAGGUACAAUGUUUUGUGAAUUCUCUGUUUGUGAGCAGCAUAUCCAACAUUCAGCACUGAUAAAUAUACUGUAUAUACUCUUUGAUUGAAGUGUUUUAUCAGCAAAAUGAGAAUGUAAUGCAAUUCACACGUAAGAUCACAGAACAUCGUAGAUGUUCUCCCAAAUACCUGGGCUUUUUUCUAUUUUAUAUCACUUAAUAUUUAUGAUCUUUAUGACUCUUUUUUUAAAAAGGCAACAACAUUAGUGACGCAGAUGAUGUAUAAUGCCAUACAGACACCGAAACCGGUGAAAUGUGGCAAAACUACUAUGCUUUCCCAAUCUUUUUUGCACUCGAAAGUAGCGGUCAGGAUUCGCAAAUUUUAAAUAAUGAUCCCAAAUUCGAUUUCCCACCAAAUCUGUAUUCAACACAACAUAUUAACUCCUUUGUCUGCCUUUCGUAUCAUUUUGUCAUUUCAGUUAUUAUGAAUAUAGGAAAAGGGCCCGAUAUACAGUAGUAUACCAAAAAUAAUGUAAAUAUUAUUUCUAACAAUUCAUUUAUAUAUUUUUAUUAAUAAUAAUUUAAAUUGAUUAUCUAGGGGCAUUCAUGUACUUGCAAAUGAAUCUGAAAAAAUGAAUGAAAUGAUAUAAGACUUUAACUAGAAUGUCUUACUACCUGUAACUGGGUGGAUUUAUGUGGUCUUUCACUGUUCUAGAAUCUAUCAAAAGAUCAAUUCUUCAUGUUGCUUUAUUGUAACUGUAGUAAUGACAGUAAAAUCGCAGCCCAUGGCAUAAUUUGUCCCUUCAUAGAACGAAGCAGAUUCAUUUUAAAAGAUUUCCCUCAGGUAAUAUAUUUAGUCAGACAUCUCCCACUCUAUCACUGUGUUAUAUUCAUACUGGAUAACAACCACUGUAAGGGACAGAUAUACUAUUGUGAGUGAGUUUGUCAAAGAUUUACCUGACAUGCUUAUUAUUUCCUUUUAAUUUUUUAUUUACUGUGCCAUCACCUGCUGUUUUUCUUUGUAAUGAGUGAAACGCUGCAUGCUAACAAAACAAUUAAGAUAUUUACCACUGAACAUCACCUAAAACAUUAUUUUACAGCUUCAUAUUCAGUUUUUCCCGUAAAACCGGGCGCGUCCAUCUGUAAAAUGCAUGUGUCUGGCUUCCGGUCUCAUCCGCAUCCAGCUUAGCUUUACAAAACAGUAGCUCGUUUUGCUACCUGAUAUUGUAAAUUGCUGUGUCUUACCAUAUUAUUUAAUGUAUUAUCUUAUUUAUGAACACACUGGUUUGCAAACAGUUUUACCGUUUACUGCACGUCGUUAUUCUUCGCGUUAGUUAUCUGCGUGUUGAAGAAUAAGGUGGAUACAAAUCUGUAUAAAAGCCUACUUUGUAAUGUCAGCUGCAGAAAUUCACAACAAUAUGUAUUUGUGUGUGUGUGUGUAUAUGUAUGUAUAUAUAUAUAUAUAUAUAUAUAUAUAUAUAUAUUACGCCAUAUAUCACAACAUAUUUUAUACCUGCAUCUCUUUUAAAACAAGAAAUAUUAUAUUAUAAGCAAUGUUAUAUAGGCGUGCUCAUAAACAUGAUUGUUUUUUUCCAAUUUUGUCAUGAAUGUGCAAACGUUUGAUUUCACUUCAUCGUAAUAUUUUUGUACUACUAAUCUUAUCUACAUAGUCAAUAUACUAACAAGUACACUUCAGGCGAUAACUGCCACAUGUGCUUAUCUAAUAUAAAAUGCACCAGAUGAUUUUGAGAUUGUAUAUCUGUUUUCCAGAGCAUCUUUUGGGUUUGAUCUGCACUUAACAUGGGAAUUAAUUAUUUAAAGCAGACAGACAGUUUAAGUGUAAUGGCAUUAGAGAGGUGUUUGACCUUAUUUAGGGUGACCUCAGGGUUUUGUAACUACAAUGUCUACUGUAGUGCAAUAUAAUGUAGGAGAUUGGAUCGGGUGCUAUGAACAUCUCUGCCAAGAAUAUAAUCCGUAAGCCAGAAAAUAGUCGGCGUGACCGAGACUUUUAAUUAAAGCUCUAGCUGGUGCAGUACAUUAGAAUAAAACCCUUCCAAUAAGUGAAGUUUUUGCUUUUGCACUGGCCGCUAACAUUGUACAAUAUACUUUAGGGCCAGCUUCGUGUGGCAUGAUAGCAGGUAAAAAUAAACAGUCCUUUUAAUAACAGAACAGCUAGGACAACUAUGUAGUCUCAUUUACUGGACCAAAUUCUUCAAUAUCUGGUCAAUUUAACAAGAACCCAGUGUUGUAUCUAUUUUCAUGUAUGAAUGUUGUGAAUGUGCCGUGUCUUGCUGUAUAAUGCUUGGUGUUCCUUCACUUGUCUUCUCACUGUGAAUGUUGAAAUGAUUCAGCUGUAUGUGAGAGUAUCUGUGUUAUCUGUAAUGUUCACCCUCACUGUAUGUCCAGUUAUCAAACUGACCUUUGCUUCACCUCCCUGCCUCUAUAUGAGUUUACACCAAUUUGCACACUAAUAAAUGUUGUUUAUACAUAC